AUGGUACCCUCCAUCUCUUCAUCUCCAUCAUCCAUUGACAACCCACAAUGGGUUUUUAGAAUCAGCAAAACCUUCGAAACUCAUCUUCAAGUCGACACUGAUCUCCCCAUCUGCAUUUUCCAAGUACCCGAAACUCUAAUAACCGAAAACCGCGAGUCGUAUGUCCCCAAAUGCAUCGGUUUGGGACCAAUCCAUCAUUUCCAUACCGACCUCUAUAGCAACCAAGAACAACUCAAACUCGCCACUGCGAAAACAGCUCUAACACCCUACAAAAUUGCGUCCCAUUUUGAGAAAACUGUCAUUGAGAAUCUCAAACAACUCGUCCCAGAAGUUCGAUGCUGCUACGACUCAUACUUCGAUGUCGAUGAUGACAUGUUAGCAUGGGUUUUCGCCAUAGAUGGCGUGUUCUUGAUCGACAUUUUAUCAAAAGUAUCCGAAGGAAACUCCUUGGAGACUUUUGAAGAUAUAGUGAAGGUCGAAAACCAGAUACCGUUACUUGUAUUGAUUGAAACUCGCUCUGUGCUCGAUAAACACUUAUCGGGCCAUUGUAACAACUCUUUUCUUUCAAAUAUGAUGGUUCGAAUUUGUGAAACUCGGUCACCAUUGAAGUUCAGCAAGCGGAUAUCAAGACUCGAUCUAGACAUAAACAAUCGGUUUCAUUUGCUCGAUUGUAUGUAUCAUUUGAUCGUAAACAACAAUGUUAAUGCGAAAAACCAGUGUCUUCGACCAAAUUUUUUGGAUGAUGUUGAUCUUGAAGAUGUCGAAAAUGCGGUUCAAAUGGCUAGUGAUAUAUGCCCGGGAGCAAGUGCAUUUUUGCAGCCUCUUUUGAUCAUAUUAAAACUUCCAUGGGACAAGAUUAUAAGUUUGGUAAAGAAAAUGUUGGGGGAAAACCCUGCAGUGCUCGAAAUCGAUAUCCCAUCCGCUUCCGAGCUUUCGAACGUGGGAAAGGUCGAGUUUUGUAUGACGCCUGGAGGGAUUCGCGACGUGGAGUUUGAUGACGAAACACAUACGUUUUACCUCCCGAUUCUCAGGUUGAAACCGGACUCAGAAGUUAUAUUAAGAAACUUGGUGGCUUAUGAAGGGUUAAUGUUUAAGAAAGGUACAUUUUCAAAUCUUGAUUUCACGGAAUAUGUUGAUCUAAUGUGUGGGAUUAUUGAUAGCGCGAAGGAUGUGCACAUUCUUCGUGAAAAGCAUAUAAUUGAAGGCGAGUUGGACGAUGAUGAGAUCGCGAAACUCUUUAACGGGAUUAGUAAAUCGCCGUUAAAAACUGAAGAGGCGUCCGGGUUGCAACAGACGGUUGCGAGGGUUAAUAAGUAUUAUGGUAACGUGCCGCGGGUUAAGGUGUAUCAUUUCAUCAAGAAAUAUGUUCUUGCUUGGUGGAAAGUUAUUGCUGUCGUGUUUACUCUUGUGAAUCUAAUGUUGUUGGUUGUUCAAGGAGCAUGUCAGGUUUAUGAAUGUAACAAUGGUUUAGGUUUUGGUGUUGUUAGGUUGCUUUUCCAUGUUGGGACAGAAAAAGACCUAAUGUUUGAAUUUGAAAGAACAUAA